CCCCCACCCCCCCACACCCCCCUGCCGCCGGCGAAGCGCAACGGGGCCAUGUCGGCUCCGCGCGUCGCGGCGCCGGGCUCCGGCGGCGGGGCGGCGGAACCUGAGCCGGUGCGCGGCCGGGGGCUGGAGCUGGAGCUGGGGAGCAGCACGCAGACGUCGCACCGGCUGCUGGCCUACAGCGACGCGCUGCUCUCCAUCAUCGCCACGGUGAUGAUUUUGCCCGUGGCUCACACGAAAAUACAUCCUGAUCAGAAACUAGGUGAAAGUGUUCAGCAACUUCUUCUAGCAAAAAUUGCAGUCUACUUGAUGACCUUCUUAAUAGUCACAGUGGCAUGGGCUGCUCAUGUAAGGUUGUUUCAGGUGAUAGAGCUUAUAGACGAUGUCCUCGCUCUUCUAAAUCUGGCUUGUAUGAUGAUCAUAACUUUCUUGCCAUACACAUUUUCUUUAAUGGCCUCCUUUCCAGAGGUACCUUUUGGCAUUUUUCUGUUCAGUGUCUGUGCUGUUGUCAUCGGCCUUAUACAGGCUGUGAUAGUAGUGUAUGGAUUCUAUCACCCACACUUACUGAAUCAACAGAUACAGGUGUCUGAAAAUCAGAAUUUCUAUAAACGCCAUAUCUUAAAGAUUAUCCUGAGAGGACCACUUUUAUGCUUUUUAGCAGCCAUCUUUUCUUUUUUCUUUAUUCCUUUGUCUUAUGUACUUCUUGGGCUGGUAAUCGUUUUUCCACAUCUCACUCGAUUCAUUACUUGGUGUAAAACCAAGAUUGUUGGUCAGAGAGAUGAAGAGGAGGAACACCGUAGCUUAGAAAGCUUCACUUUUUACCUCAGUGAGCCUCUGAGUAAGGAACGGGUAGAAGCAUUUAGUGAUGGAGUCUAUGCUAUUGUAGCAACCCUGCUCAUUUUGGAUAUAUGUGAAGACAACGUCCCUGAUCCCAGAGAAGUUAGGGAGAAGUUCCACGGCAGCCUUCUUGAAGCUUUAAGUGAAUAUGGGCCAAACUACCUUGCAUACUUUGGCUCAUUUGUAACAAUUGGUCUCCUCUGGUUUGUCCAUCACUCGCUUUUCCUUUAUGUAACAAAAGCUACACGAUUAAUGGGACUGCUUAACAUACUUUCGUUGGCUUUCAUUGGUGGGCUUCCACUAGCUUACCAGCUGACCAGUGAAUUUGCAGAGAAGUCUCACAAUGAAAUAGAAGCCAUUCAAGUCAGCUGUGUUAUCACUUUCUUUGCCAGCAUAUUUCAGUUUGCAAUAUGGACUACAGCCCUCCAUGAAAGGGAAACUUUACAUCCUUUUGCUAGAUAUGGUGGCAAGGAGCAUGCCUUCAUGUUUGCUAAGCUGGCUCUCUACCCUUGUGUAAGCCUUGGGGCCUUCUUUCUGACAUGUUUGUUAAGUGAAUUUAGCACAGCAAUAUUCCAUCUUAUGCAGAUUGUAAUCCCAUUUGCUUUUCUUGCCUUGCGCAUUUUUGUUAGAAUUUCUUUAACUGUCAUAAAGUCCGUGAUGUCUCUCUCCGGACGGAAGGUUGUAUUGUUAGAAGAAGAGGAGGCAUGUUUGUCUCCUACUGAAACACUGUCCUAAAUUUCUGCGCAGUGCAUGUGAAGUUACAACAUUAACUUCAGUUCUUCUAACUUGCAUUAUCCUCAUGUGUGGAUUGUAUCGAUCUAAACCAAAGCCUGCGUUGGCCAUAACUGGGGCAUAUUUAAGUUUUACUGGUCAUGCAUUCUCCAAAACCUGUAACUGAAAACAUUGGGUAAAUAGGGGAUACAAAGAAAAGCAUGUUCCCCUUCCUUUAGAAUUACCCUUUUGGAAAAAAAUGGUGCUUGACAUGUAACUGCAGUGAUGAUCGAUUAAGAAGUGCAUAAACAGACACCCCGCAAAAUGGCCUUUUUUCUGAUGUAUGGCAGUCAUUACAGCAGCCAAACACAGGUGGUUUGCUACUGUAAGAUAGGGAGUGAGGCUUGGAAGACACAGAGACGUCCGGAUUUCUGGAUGGUGCAUCAUGGUAGAACAUUUGUGCAUAGAGGUUGCUGGUGUCUGCCUUUUUUUUUAAUGGUUACAAUGUCUCUUCUGCAUAGUCACAAGCUUGUGAUAGCAUUUUGAAAACUGCUUGUGUUUGAAUGGCUCUGAGCAUGAGUUUAGAUGGGAGUUGUAAUUGUGACCCAUAUGCAGUCUUCCACAAUACCCAAACACAAGUUCUUCAGCCAUAUCUGUUCUUUCAAAAAAGGAUGUAUUUAACAAAUGGGGAUUCACGUGGCUAUGUAUCCAAUGUUUGAACUAGCUUUGAUACCUCCCAGGGAAGAGAUUUGGAGAGCUGUGGGAAUAGAGGUAAAUUUAUUUUCAGUUCUGAAGCAGGUGCUGAUCUGAAAUGAAAGGUUUGGAUUUCUCAGGCUUUUUCUGUCUGUUUUCAUGCCUAUUGAAAGUAACAUCCUUCUUUUAUUCUGAAGGCAUGAUGUAAUAUUCAGAGAGAGUAUGAGGGUUUCCUGCCAUGUAUAAGGGUUCCCCAUCAUAUAAGGGGGUUGAGUUUUUCCCUAAGUAGAGCCUAACUAAGGGGUCCCACAGAUUUCUGAGUCUCAGCAACAGCAAAAGAAACUAACCCUGUAGAAGUUCCUGUCCAUGGCGUGUUGAAUUUUUUUUCCCUUAUGUACAGUUUGAUAAACUUUAUGCUUAUCAAACAUUACCCAGAGGAGGGCUGUACAGUAGGAGUGGGCAAAGUCAUCUAGCCUCUGGCUGCCCUGGAAGCCUUUAUAUUUCUUUUUGUCAGAGCCAUUAGUUUGUGUCCUGAACUGUCUUAGUGCCUGAUAACUUGCAUGCCAUCUUUAAAGGCAUUUGAGGGAUUUUGUUGUUCCUCUUAAAAAAAAAUUAAUUUAAAAACGCUGUGGCAAAGUAUGCCUGGAGUAAUUAUUAGUGAAAAGAAAUUCAGAUACUAUGUUUUAGUUAAGAUCAGUCUUGAAAGCACUUGUGCUUUUGGUUUGAAGCACCUUGGUACCAAUACGUAAUUCUUAGCAUUAUGUGCAUCUUGUGAGAGAGUACGUUCAGAUACUCAAGGGGUUUUAUACCUGGUUGAAGUUAAAUGACUUGCAGUAGGAUCCUGCAUUGUGUUGUGUAUUGCAGGGUUUUUCUGGUAUUCAUAAAAGCACUUUUGGUUCUUUAUGGUUCUUUAUGUGCGCAGCGGGCACAUAAUAAGCAGUGAAUAUGUGUAUUUGUAAUAAAUUUCAAUAGUGAAAAAACAAAAGGUUCUAGCCCUUUAUUUCUGCUCUGCAGGUGAAACUUAGGUCUGAUGUCUACAGUUGAAAACAAUAUGCCAAACAUCUUUUUAUUUUUUCUCCUUCAAAAUCAUCAAGGUCCAUUCUAACCUCAAGCAUUCUGUGAUUUUGUGUGAAACACCCAAAAGCUUUUAAUGCAAUGUGAAAAAAAGUUGAUUCUACUUCUAUUGGUACUUAAAGAAAAUGAGACCUGAAAAUGAAGGAGUUUCAGUCCAGUGCUUACAGGGAUGCUUUGAAGAGCAGUGAACUGCAAUGUAUAAAUACUACAAGGAACUGUAUAGGCUAACUAAUGCGUUUUUCCUUUCCCCCCCACCCCCCAAUUGCAAGUCAGUAACUUGCUCUUCAAAAAGAAAAAUUAUUUUUAUUUGCUUGUAGUCGAGAUACCAUUAUUCAACCCAAAUUUAGUAAUACUUCAGAAUCUAAAGUUGAGGACAAACUUGACCUGAGGUUUUGUAUAAACAGAGUUGGUUUAGGAUCAUUCUUAUAGUUUUAGUAAGUUCUUGAGAAACAAACUGCAUUUCAGAAUGAGGCAUUAAUUUGAGUCGUGUGAUCUCAAGUAGAAAGAACAUUCCCAAAACUAACUAGCUGUUCUUCACAGAAUUACUAAUGACCACAGGUUUUUGUCUCUAGAAAAAUUAAAGUGAAACACUUAAAAUGACUGUAAGAAUCCCAGAAUGGAUGAGGUUGGAAGGGACCUCUGGAGACUGUCUAGUCCAGCCCUCCUGUUUAAAAUAGGGUCAGCUGGAGAUGGUUGCUAAGGUCGGUGUCCAGUCACAUUUUAAGCAUUUGUGCCAAUGGAGACACCACAACCACUCAACAGGUCAACCCGUUUGAAUAUCCAAUUGCCCUCAGAGUUAAAAAAAAAAAAAGGGUUCUUUUUUCUUGCAUUUAAAAGGAAUUUCCUGUAUUUCAGUUUGUGUCCAUUGCUGCUUACCCUGUCACUGGGCACCACUGAGAAGAGUCUGGCUCAGUCUUUGCUCCUCCCUGUCAGGUAUUCGUGAACAUUGAUAAGAUCCCCCCUGAUCCUUCUCUUGCAGGCUGCAUAGUCCCAGCUCUCUCAGACUCUCCUUGUAUGGGAGAUGCUCCUGUCCCUGCAUAGUCUCCAUUGCCCUUUGGUGGACUUGCCUUAGAAUGUCCACAUCUCUCCUCUACUGGGGAGGGAAGAGCUGGACACAGCACGCUGGGUAUGGUCUCCCCAGUCACCUCCCUUGACCUGACAGUGGCACUUUUCUGAAGUCCAGGAGGCUGCUUGCCUUCUUUGCCAGAAUAAUGGUUUUAAUUAAAUAAAAUCUCCUGAAAGUGAAGAAGUAAAAUUGCAGCAAAACAUUCUAGUAAAACUUCCCUUCUAAUGACAUUGAAUUUUUUUUGCCUGUGAUGGUGGUACUGCCAGUCGGGAACAACUGCCUCCUACACUAAAUAGGUCAGGUCAGACAAAAUGUGGGCAUGCAUGGGAGGGGUUCAAGAAGUCCCUGGUCUCUCAGUUCAAAAUUGUGGUUCCAUAAUGAUGGCUGUUUUGUUUGUUCAGACCAGUAGGCCUUGUUAAUGGAUUCGCGUUCAAGAUUAAUCCAUUCAGGACAUUAGAAGAUGGUUAACAGCCACUUGCAGUGCUGUCACUUCUGCCUUCCAUAACAAAUGGUGCUAGCUGAAAAAUUCUGUUAAAGACUGCUGAAGGAUGCAGUUUCAGUUUGUAGCGUACAGAGCUCUUAAUUUACUUUAAAAGAAUAACAGUCGUAGCUGGAAUUCUGUGCAGAGACAGGAUUUGUAUUUAAUCACUAUAAACAUUGUAAAGGGUUUGUAACUUUUUUCCAUUUUAUUUGAAAACAACUGAGUUAGUGCAAAUGAUUCUCUCACAACUUAUGAAGCUGUUUCUUACAACUUAAACUUCCAUGUAAGUUUGGAGCAGACAUAGUCAAAGUUAUUGUUUGGCAUCUGAUAAACCAAGAGCAGCUCUUGAGAUUGGAUUUUUUAGUAAAAUAAAGCCAGUCACCAGGAAUUUUGGACUUGGACAGUUUCAUUUUUUCAGUGUGAGGGUACUUGACAGUAGGCUGCAAAGCUCAAUUGCAGCCUUCAGCUUGGUAACCUGUGGGGUUACUCAGGCCAGUGCCAGGUAACCGUGACCUAUUUCUUUGCUACUUUGGGCCACAAAGAUACAUGUUUUUGUGGUGAGAAGAAAACACACAAGUCUCUCUUAAUGCUUAUGAUUUGAGAUUUUACUGUAGGUAACUACAUGGUGCCAUUUAUGCCUUCUUUUCUUCUCCAUGUGUGAUGGUGUAGCAUCACGACUUGUCGUCCAGGUUGCCCACUGCGUCAGUAGGGGGAGACCAGAACAUCCGUUCUGUGUAUCAUCAAAAGAAGUGAAGAGUAAUAGCGAUUUUAAUUCAGAGACUUAAGUGCUUUCUGUUUAAACAUCCAGUAUGUUUCAGAAUAACUGAUGAGGUAAUUCAAGACCAUCAGAGUUUGCAACUUUUUUCUUUGUAGUAUUAAGUUGAAAAACACUUCUGGCUAAUAUAUGAUCUAACUUGAAUUGUUUGCUUUUAAAACUCGUAAGCUCGCAUCUGGAGAAAUGCCAGACUGGGUUCUAGUUUUGCAAAUGUCAAUAUUCAAAUCAGUGUGUGUUCUCUUUGCACAUCAGCACUAAGACUCCUAGUUCUACUACUACUACUGCUGCUUUGUGUUUGGGAGAUUUAUAACAUUUAAUUAAAAUCAUGCCACUGUCACGUAUUUAAGGAUUUUAAAACUCCUAUCUGGACACGCAUUGGACAAAAGUGGCUAAAUAAGCAAGCACUGUGCCACUAGUAACUUCGCUGUCUCGUUACUGACUUGGCAUUAAGCUUUGUGGUGAAUUACUAUGGCAUUAACAACGGAUAGUGAUGUUGGGAACUAAGGUGAUAUCCACCCACCCGUGACCUCUCAUCUGUAUUGCUCCAAGUGUCUCUCAGAGUUCUUGCUACUGAAAGUAAAUAAAGAAAUGUAAAAAAAAAAUAAAGUGAUAGAUUAUAUAUGUUCCAUCUAUAAAAGCACUUUCAGGUCUUGCUGAUACAGGACAUACAACAAUAAUUAAAAAAUUUCAUGAUACUACAAAUGGAUCUGAGAAUCUUCCAACAGGCUCCCUAAAGAGAAACAUUUCAGACCUCUUUUAGUGAAUUUCAAUUACCUGUAGCUCGAUUAGCAGAAAACAGCACAGGCAAUUAGCUGCCAGGGAGUUUAAUAACCAUCUCCUUACUGUUUCACUGCGUAUGUUUAACAUCACGCAAGGGUUCGAAAACGGCGGCACUAAUGAACACUCAGCAAAGAUUCACAUUCCUCAGUUUUAUGAGAGAAUGUGAAACAUCAUCCAGAUUUCUUAACUGCCCGGCACAUAACGACAUGCUUUCGUUCAGGCUCCAGAACCAAACCCAGAAGAGUGCUUCGCCGCCUCUGCUAAGGCGCCCUCCGCCCUCAGGCCCGAUCACGGCGAACGCUGUCCGCGCGCCGCCACCGGCGCCGGCAGCGCCCCCGUGGGGCGCGA